AUGUAUGCCGAGGACUUGAAAUUAAAUUAUUUAGCUAUACAGGGUGUUGCAUUUAUGAUGCACACAGCCCCAUAUUUUCGUUAUUUAGAGGAAUACCGACUUAAAUGUUUGCACAGUCAAACAAGCUUAUGGUUCACAUUUUUUAAGCUUAAUACAGAAUGGGCACAAGUGGAAGUAAUAGACUUGAUCAACGAUGGUUCUGGACUGGCAUUUGGUAUUAUCGGGGGACGUAGCACCGGAGUCGUUGUUAAAACGAUACUUCCCGGUGGUGUUGCUGACAGAGAUGGCCGCUUACAAAGUGGUGAUCAUAUCCUGCAAAUUGGUGAUGUAAACCUUCGUGGCUUAGGAUCUGAACAGGUUGCAUCCGUUCUUCGUCAAUGUGGUGUACAUGUGAGAAUGGUUGUAGCAAGGCCAGUCGAACCAACAUCAUCGGAUUAUCAGGCCCUUGGGAGUCAUGCACCUAUUGUGCCAACAAAACUGUUAGGUGAUCCAGAAGAACUUGAUCGUCAUUUAAUUGAACAUGGCUAUACAGAAACCUUCUCACAUGCACUUACCCAACCAAAUUUUCCCGAUGAUACGUAUAUCUAUUCCAGGACGUCAUCUGAAUUGGAUAUACAUCCUUUAUCCGGCAUUGUGGAUGUGGUUAAAGAUCCUUUACCAAUUGGACCGAUUCCUAUAAUCCCUACAGCACCAAGUCGUACACCGAGUGCUAGUACUGUGGAGUUGUUACCAUUGGAUAUGGCGUUACGAGGCCAACCUUUACCUGAAACUGAAACUUUUGAUGUACAAUUGCAUAAGGAUGACUAUGGUUUAGGUAUAACUGUUGCUGGAUAUGUUUGUGAAAAAGAAGAGCUGUCAGGAAUUUUCAUUAAAAGUAUUAGCGCUGGAAGUGCUGCAGCUUUAUGUCGAAAAAUUCAAGUGAACGAUCGUAUUGUACAAGUUGGUAAUCAAUCGUUACAAGGUUUCACAAAUCACCAAGCAGUUGAAUUGCUACGCCACACGGGUCCAAUUGUUAAAUUACGUUUAGAACGUUAUUUACGUGGUCCAAAAUAUGAACAAUUACAGCAGGCAAUUCGUGCAAAUCAAUUAAAACCACCAUCUCCACCUUCACCAUCAGUUAGUUCAUUACCCAAAUUUAGUGUCAUUACGGAUGGUUAUUCAGUAACUGAAAUUGAAUUAGAAGGUGAAUCACAUACAACAAUUACAUCGAGUGUAUUUAUUGAUAACAACCAACAACAACAAUAUAAUAAUUCAACAAUAUUAGCAACACAAUUACAUCAACGACAACAUACAAAUCUUAUUGACGAUGAGAAUAUUGAAAUAGUUUUAGAUGAACCAUCAAAUCAUUUUCAUACAAAUAAUACUGUGAUAAAACCUAUAAAUAUAUCACCUAUGGAUAAGAAAUUACAAGAGAAAUGGCGUGAAAUACUUGGUAGAGAUAUGGAUAUUAUUGUAGCACAUUUAACAAAAGAUAGUAAAGGUGGCCUUGGGAUUAGCUUAGAGGGGACAGUGGAUGUUGAAGAUGGUCGAGAAGUGCGUCCACAUCAUUAUAUACGUUCAAUAUUGCCAGAUGGUCCUGUUGGAAUGAAUGGUUUACUGGAAUCUGGUGAUGAAUUGCUAGAAGUGAAUGGUACACUUCUAUUAGGCUUAAAUCAUUUAGAAGUUGUAAGAUGUUUAAAAAAUUUACCACAAAAUGUAAUAUUAGUAUGUGCUCGACAUUCUGAACACUCGGCACCACAUCGAAUUAUUAAUACAUCACAAGAUAGGGCGGCUUUUGCAACAAGGAGUAUAUUAGGUGGAAGUUUACAAAAUUUAAUUGCAUCAACAGAAAUAUCACGAUUAGUAAAAGCAAAAUCGGAUAGUUCACUUACAUCCUCAGUUACAGCUGGUGAAUUAAGUGGAAGCCGUAGCAAAAGUCGAUCAUUAGAACCUGUAACUGGAUUGGCAGCAUGGUCGGAUGAACCCCAUGUAAUUGAAUUACAGAAAGGCGAACGUGGUGGUCUUGGAUUCUCCAUACUAGAUUAUCAAGAUCCAGUAAAUCCUGCUGAAACUGUAAUUGUGAUACGUUCAUUAGUUCCUGGUGGCGUUGCUCAAACUGAUGGGCGUUUAAUUCCUGGUGAUAGAUUGUUAGCUGUAAAUAAUACACCAUUGGCUCGUGCAUCCUUAGAUAAAGCUGUUCAAGUAUUAAAGUGUGCACCUAAAGGGCCUGUACAAAUUGCAAUUGCUAAACCCUUACCAUGUCAUGAUACUGUUUCCCAAAGUAGUCAGAUUUCAUCAUUAUCUUUUCAAGAAUGUAUAGAAGCUGAUGAUACAGAAGAUCAUACAUGCUUGGAUGAUUAUCAAGAAUGUUUAGAAGAAUAUCAAGAAGGUCUAGAAGUCGUUCAAAUAUGUGUGGAUGAAAAAAACGGAGAAAACUCAUUAGCAACACCACAUAGUACAUCAAUCAAUUCACUAAUAUCAUCCACCAAUCUUGAAACAAAGUACAAAAUAGAAUUAAGUCAAUGUUUACGUGUUCGUGAAUCCUCGGAUGAGAAAGAUGGAUAUGAAACAUGUUUAGAGGAUAUCGAUUCAUCGGAUAUUAGUAUUACAAAUGAUGUUUCUAACGAACCAAAUCAAAUUAGUAAUAAUAAUAAUAAUAAUAAAAGUAAUAGUGAUUUAAAAUUGGAUUUAUUAAGUAAUAGUAACGAACAUUUAAGUGAAACGAAAUUAUAUUCAAAAAAAGAUCAUGUGUGUUUAAAUUUAAAUUCACCAAAAUCUGAUAGUGAUUACGGUGAUCAAUUAAAAUCAUAUGAUGAGCAAAGUGAUUCAUUUGGGAGUGAUCAAUUUUUUUUAGUACAAUAUAUUGAUGAUGAAGAACCAGAUAGAUCACUUGGAACAGAACGCUUAGAGCAAAUUGAAGAAGAAGAGACAACUCUAACAAACAGACAUCAUCAGAGUUCAACAAUCGGCGAACAACCCCAUAAUACAAAAAAGCAACCAGCCUCAACAGACAUCGCUGAAGUACAACCUCGAGCAACUCCACGUCGCUACGUACGCUGUUUAUCCGAAUACUAUAAUGAUUAUGAAGAAGUAUUAGAAGAAUGUCGAGCCUUACAACAAAACAAUGAACAAAUAACCGACAAUCAACAAACAACUAACGAACAACCAGAACAAUCAACACCACUAAAAGAAGAAGAAUCACAGCAACCAGAUGAAGUAGUUUAUUUCAUAAGUGAUGAUAUUGAUGAUACGGUUGUAUGUUCAAGAGAUUACUCAACAGAUGAUUUUAGUGAAAGUGUAAAUUUAAAUUCAUUAUCACAGCCACCACGUUCGAUUUCAGCACCCGAUUUAUUAAAUUUAACAUCGAUUAAAUAUUUAAAUACACGUGAUGUAAAUAGUGCUUGUGGUGAUUGGUGUAGUGAUUCAAAAUAUCGACGUAAAUCAGCAGUUCCAACAACAACCGCAACAAAUUAUUGUUAUGAAAUAGAUGACUCCUCAUUAUCCAUGACUGUCACACGUAGUGUUAUUGAUACGGGUGGAGGACAUACAACAGGUGAUACUGCUACAGAAAUCAUGGCAGAUAGUCACUGGGGUCCACAACGGCUUGUACAAGUUAUUCGACCUCCUACUGGUGGAAGCUUAGGCAUCAGUAUAGUCGGAGGAAAAGUGGACCUCUAUAAUGCUGAAUCAGUACUUGGAAUAUUUGUUAAGAACGUUGUACCACAAAGUCCUGCUGGAUUAACUGGCGAACUUAAGACGGGCGACCGGAUACUAGAAGUUGACGGUGUCAAUUUGAGAAAUGCCAGUCACGAAAAAGCUGUAGAAGCCAUACGUUCUGCAGGAAAUCCUGUGAGCUUCUUAGUACAGUCCUUAGUUCCAUGGGGUGAGACAGAUUCACAAAGCUUACCAAAUAAUAUAGAAAAUGAUCUAAUAGGCUUACCAACAUCACCAACACCAAGUAUUGCCUCAAGAAAAUUAGAUUAUUCUCGAACGCCUACACCUCAUAUUAAUGUAUCUAAAACACCAGAUCCAGGAAAAACACAGGAUGGAACAGUACCUGAAAUAAGAUGUUCAUCAGCUGCAGCGGAAUUACCAACUGAACCGGUACCUGACAGUCCAAUAUCUAGGCCAAAUUCAGCACGUAGUAUGCGCCCAGAAGAUCCAGAAGUUAUUGAUGAUCAGCCAGCGACUACGAGCAAGCCUAAAUCAAAAUACUCAGAUAGUGAAGAAGAAAGUAGUGAUGAAGAAGAUACACGCGAUCAAGAAGGUAGAAUGUAUACUGCAAAAGGUCAAGAAGUUGCAAAAGUGCAUAGCAAACGUCUUUUGAUUGACAGAGCAAGUGCCGGAAAUGUAAAGCGGUCAAAAGAGGAAAUUGCGGCUGAUCCAGAAGAGGAAGAUGAUUUUGGUUACACAACAAAAUACCUUACCAAAGAUUAUUAA